AUGUCGGGCCCCGGGCCGCGGGAGCCGCCGCCUGAGGCGGGCGCGGCGGGCGGCGAGGCGGGCCCCGAGGGCGCGGGCGGCGGGGACGCGGCGCUGGGCGAGUCGGGGCUGAGCUUCACGACCACGGACCUGAGCCUGGUGGAGAUGACGGAGGUGGAGUACACGCAGCUGCAGCACAUCCUCUACUCGCACAUGGAGGCGGCCGACGGCGAGCUCGAGGCGCGCCUCGGCUCGGCGCUGCUGGCCGGCCCGGGCGCUGGCGCGGGCGCGGCGGGCGCGCUGGCCCCGGCGCCGCCCGUGUACCCGGUGCUCUGCCCGCCGCUGGCGGCCGACGCGCCCUGCCUGGGCCACGUCGACUUCCAGGAGCUGCGCAUGAUGCUGCUGGGCGAGGCGGGCGCGGCCGAGAAGACGCCUGGCGGAGCGGACGGGGCGCGGGCGCGGGCCGACGGCGCGGCCAAGGAGGGCGCGGGCGCCGCGGGGCCCGAGGGCGCGCCCGAGGCCCGGGCCAAGCCUGCCGUGCGCGUCCGCCUGGAGGACCGCUUCAACAGCAUCCCGGCUGAGCCACCGCCGGCGCCGCGCGGCCCUGAGCCCCCGGAGCCCGGCGUGGCGCUCAACAAUUUGGUAACUCUUAUUCGACAUCCAUCUGAAUUAAUGAAUGUUCCUCUUCAUCAGCAACAAAACAAAUGUACAACAUUAGUGAAAAAUAAAACCGCUGCAGCAACUACUGCUUUGCAGUUCACCUAUCCACUGUUCACAAGUGCCUGCUCCACUGGUGGAAAUCCCAGCCUUUCACAGACGCAGAGUUCUAGCAACUCGUGUUCUAUAUUGGAAGCUGCCAAGCACCAGGACAUUGGACUGCCCCGAGCAUUUUCCUUCUGUUACCAACAGGAGAUUGAGUCCACAAAACAGACUUUAGGUAGCAGAAAUAAAGCUUUGCCUGAGCAGGUUUGGAUUAAAGUGGGAGAAGCGCUAUGUAAACAAGCAAUAAAUAAGAGGAAUCGGAGUAGAAUUCGUCAGUUGGACACAAGUGUAGAACGGCGGGCCCUUGGAGAGAUUCAGAAUGUGGGUGAAGGCUCCACCGCUGCACAGGGUGCCUGGCAGUCCUCGGAGUCCUCGCAGUCUAACCUGGGGGAGCAGGCCCAGGGCGGGCCCCAGGGAGGAAGGUCUCAGCGUCGCGAGAGGCACAACCGGAUGGAGCGAGACAGGAGGCGCAGAAUCCGCAUUUGCUGUGAUGAGCUGAAUCUUUUAGUUCCGUUCUGCAACGCGGAGACGGAUAAGGCAACGACUCUCCAGUGGACCACGGCAUUCCUGAAGUACAUUCAGGAAAGACAUGGGGACUCUCUUAAAAAGGAUAACUCAAACUGCCCUUUGUUUCCUGGAAUCUAUUGUCACAUACCAAGUCCAAUAUGAACGAAGCUCUGCUCGUUAAUGAUGUAACUUUUCAUUUACUAAAGUAAUGAUCCAGCCUAGAUUCAUCUGUGGGAUGCUGUGCCCGUUGUCCGAUAGCAGGGUGAGCACUGCUGCGCACCGUGCAUUGCACUGUGGUCUGAGGGGCUCAUGGGGCGUGAUUUCUGCCCUCAGAAAGCCUGGUGAAGGGGAUGAAAGCAGAGUAGCACAAGAGCAGAGCAGAAAGGCAGACGGGUGUCCCAUAAGUGGCUUGGGCCUCAGUUACGUCCAUAGGGCAGAGGGUGACCAGGGGAACCAGUACUUGCCCUACACUCCUGGCUUCCUGGGGGGCUGCUGGCUGCCCGGGCCCCAUCUGUGCAGCUGUAGGCUGUGAUGGCUGGUGAGCCUGCUCCGUUCUGCUGGAACUGAAUGCUGGUUGGAGUGAGUUCAGUGAGUUCAGUCAGCCCCUGGGGCUGCAGAGGGAGAAGAGGCACUCAAUAGUUGGUUUGAGCUGUGCCUUGGGGGACCUCAAUGUGGGGUGCUAGCCUGGAAUUCUGAUGGUCAGCACCUGGCUCUGUCCUCCCAGGAGUGACCAGGCAGUGCAGUACAUAAACCCUCAGCAUCCUGAUUUUAUCUUUCCCAAGCUGUUGGGCAGUUGCUGCUGUUGACCCAGCAGGAGUCUGCUUGGAGGCGGGGCUAAGGUGGGUGCGGCAAACCUGGAACCUUCUCAGAAAGGGUGCCCACCCAUGGCCAAGCUGCACUGAGCUGGGCCACCUCUCUGGGCCUCGCAGCAGGGCCUAUUCUUCCUUUUCCUGAUCUGUGUCCACAUGACAUUUGCACCAUGCACAUUAGCUAAUUUUGUAAGUCCCUUACUUUGACAAUACAUUUAAUUGCAUUUUAAAGCAAUAUUAUGUCAAUUUUAUUCUAAUUGGAUCAUUUAUGGUUAUUGAUAAUGUUGCUUUUUAACAUUAUUUGUUAG